GCAGACAGAUUGCAGUGCUAAAUCAGAAGUCAGGAGAAAUUGUAUACUGUUCAAUAGUGUAGCUGCCACGUGGCUUUGUUAUCAGCAAGGGUGCAACGAAAACGGUUUUGAAUGUUUAGGAAGGCGCUUCUUGAUUCCAACACCACAUAAACAUCAUAACGGUCAUCAUCUUUGUGUCUUCUUUAUCAUGGUUUCUACAACAACAACAACAAAAACAUAUUUCAAUCUCCGGCAAGAUUAUUGUCUAUUCAAAAUAAUGACGCUUAACAACAUGCGCCCAUUUUACGCAAGAAUCGAACCGGAGAGAAGAAUUCUUGCAACGUCACUGUGCAAUCGCAUCUUCAAAGUUCUGGCGAUUGGGUAAAACCCGAACUGCCACGCCACAACCGCAGCGUGUCUGGGUCUGGUCCGUUGAACACACGCUGAACGUGCAGAAGGGAACCGUUUGGAAAUGAGCUUUUUAUGUCAGUGCGCACAUUACAACGAACCACGGAAGGAAGAAAAAAAAGCCGGCAAAGUAGGCGUACAGCGUAAAGUUAAACCGCCACGAUCACAACAACUGCAACUGCUUAAGAAAAAGCGCUUCCCCAACACCGCUAUUAGCGUCCUCCUGGAGGGGAGGAAAAAGACGCGAAUAGAACGGAAAAUUAAUCCAUUGUGGCCGAGUUUUUGGUGCGCAAUUUUGAUUGCAGUGUGCUUCAGUGUCUUCAGUGCGUCCAACCAGUGUUUGUGAAUCCCAGUGAGAGCUAAAAAGCAAUUGAAUUCCUCCUCCAAUCACUCCACACUCACAAGAUGGGUCUGGUACUGUUCAUCGGACUGCCCGUCGGGCUACUGUUGGCCAUCUUUUUCUUCAUGAAAUCAUCGAAAGAGAUGCCGAAGAACUGGGCCCAGUUUGUGUGCGAGGUGCGGAUGCAGAUCUGCGGCUUCCAGGGUCUUCUGGACGAUUUCAUCAUGCGACCGCGGAAUAAAGUCGAACUGUACAAGCAGCCGGGAAAGAUUGCGCUCAUCACCGGUGGCAAUCGUGGCAUCGGGCUGCGCAUCGUCAAGAAGCUGGUCGAGUGUGAAAUCGAAGUCAUCCUUGGUGUACGCAAUCCAGUCGAUUCCCGGAAAGCGGUCGAGGCAUACCUGGAGCAUGCCAAAAUCCCGGUCAGCAGCUGCAAGCUGCACUACGAGCAGCUCGACAUCGGCAACAUGAAGUCGGUGCGCGAGUUUGCCACCAAGAUUAGGGCCAAGUUUGAUAAAAUCCAUCUUCUCAUCAACAAUGCCGGUGUUAUGAGCGUGCCGUUUAAGCUGAACGACGAAGGUUUCGAAUCGCACAUGGCCAUCAACUAUUACGGCCACUUUCUGCUGACGCAUCUGCUGCUGCCCCAGCUGCGGGCCGCCGGUACGGCUGAGUGUAAGGCGCGCGUCGUCAAUGUGUCGUCCUGUGUGCACAAGAUUGGCGAAAUUGAUUACAACGACAUUAACAAGGUUAAAAACUACUACCCAGCGGACGCGUACAACCAGAGUAAGCUCGCCCAGGUCCUGUUCGCCAAGUACACGAACCUGAUGUUCGAGGAGGAGGGCAUGCCGGUACUGUCCUACUCGCUGCACCCGGGCGUCGUCAACACGGACCUGUUCGAGCACUCCAGCACCAACUACAUCCCGUGGGUGCGGGCGCUGCUGUUCAAAAACCCGGAGGAAGGCUCCCGUACCGUGGUGUACGCGGCGAUCGCACCGAAGCUGGAGACGCGCGGUGGCUGCUACCUGAGCAACUGCCGGGAGGCGGGCAGCCACCGGUACUGGAACAACUCCGUCCAGUGUGAGAAGCUGUUCAACUUCACUUGUGAUACGCUCGGCAUCGAUGAUUUCUUCUACAAGGGGAAAUAACAGCCCCCCGCAGGCUUGCUACCGGGUACAUUCCCUUAUUUUUGCGAUUCCUUCCACUGGUAACAUCAUGUAUUACCUUACAUCACGAAGAAGCUGGCGGGGAAGAUUAUUUUGUUGAUGUUUUUUUUCUACAACUUUCUUUUUGAAAAACAAUAAUGAAAACUCAAGAAACGUUUCUGUAAGAA